AUGGCAGACCGAACUCCCUCCAAGAGCCCUACUCAGGGCAAGCAUGAUGAUUCCCCGCCUACCACAGGACAGGACAAUCCUGACCUGCAAGAUGACACUAACUCCCAGGAAGACCAGGAUGUGGAGACAGUUCGCGAACAGCUAGCCAGGGAGGAGCCAGGAAUCUUCAACGAUGGUGACAACAGCAGUUUCGACCUGAUCGAAGACGAAAACGGAUUCGAGAGAUACAUUGGAGCUUACGAGAGACUGAAGAACACUGGUCUUUCUGCGGAAGACUUGCCAUCUGACAACCCGAUCAUCAAAGAGUGGAUCGAGCCACUCGUUCAGGCCAUGACCACAUGCGACGACGCGAUGGACACGAAGACCCCGAAAGGAAGAACUUCUACUGCCGUCAAUCGUAUAAAGCGAAUGAAGAAGUUCGAGAUGGUGCUCGUGGCCUGGAGAGUUGCUCGUGCGGUGCGCGACGCACAGAGUGGCAGAGGUCCCGGUGUUUUGGGGGACAAGAAUCAAUCACCCGAAAAGUUUGAGUCCUCGGAUGACCGACUCCUUGGAGUCAUUUCAGUCUUGAUGGUCUGGAAGAACGCCGUCAUUAACCUUAUCGACAACUUCGAGAAACAUGGUCGCUUGCUAGCUGCAAGCCCGCACGCGGCAUUUCAGCGGAUGAAGGGCAAUCGGAAAACCAACGACGCACAAGCCAAGGUGAUCGCUAUAGGUCGGAAGAUGGAUGAAUCCAAAUCGAGCACUCGGAAGAACCAAGACGAGCGUGUGCGGGAAACUCAGGCCAGGAAGCUCGAGCAUUGGAAUCAACAAGCCCGCAAGACAGCCCCUACCUCCACCAGCCAUCCUUCGACGGGUGGAACCAUUCAGCCGGACAUGACUCACAAGAAGAACAAAUCUGGUUCUCUCUCGAAGACCUUGUCGCUCACGUCUUCCAAGCGUCCCUAUAGCAUCCACGCCGAGGAGGCCUUGUCCCAAGACGACGAGCGUUCCGAUCAGAGCUCCAGCGCCACAACCGCCUUCAAGGGUCACAAGAGACAGAAGCUUGACCAACGAGAGGGAGAUAGUCCACUGUACCUCAUCGAAUACGAAGCUGAUGACGAGGAGGGAGACGAGGAGGGAGACGAGGAGGGAGACGAGGAGGGAGACGAGGAGGGAGACGAGGAGGAGUACGAGGAUGAGUACGAGGAAGGAGAAGAGUGA